AUGGAUGAAAUGUUCGAUCUGGACAUGGCUUUGACGAUGCCCGAUGAUUCAACAGUGGAGCUCAGCAAGCACCGCCGUGAUGCUCUAUCCACGGCGGCGGUCUGCGAACUUGUCGGAGAGAUGCCGACGGUGGUUGUUGGCGGCGGCGGCAGAUGUGCAGUUUGUAUGGAGGGAUUCCAGUUAGACGGCGGCGGCGCCGGCGGUGGGAAGAAAGUCCCAUGCGGCCAUAUUUUUCACGAGAAUUGCAUUUCUCAGUGGCUCUCCGUCCACGAUUCUUGCCCCUUGUGCCGGGGAAAUGUCUCCGGUGCCGGAAAAGUUGUUUCGUAA